UAAAUAUGCGGAUAUUCAAACCCUACGCAAUCGUUACUCAUCACUUUAUAUACCAUCGGACUUUUUCCAUGCCAAUAUCAAAUGGACCGAAACAUUUACACCCGAUAAUCCAUUCUCGCUGCGACGACCCUGUCAAUUUCAUUUAAUGGAUAAAAAUGCCGAAUCUCCAUUCGAACAACCUUCCCAGGAUGAACUAGAACCAGCCGAUGCGGAUUAUGUGUAUUCGGCUAAAGUAAUGCUUCUGUCGUUGCCACCAAUUGCCGAAAUCUAUCGGAAAUGUUUUGAAAAUAAUAAUAAAGAUGAUGCGGAUCAUCAGCAACCGGGACAUUUAUCACGUCUCAUCAAUUUUUUGGUUGGCCUCAAAGGCUCCAAAGAACCAAUGGCCAUUGGUGGACCAUGGUCACCAUCGCUGGAUGGUGAAAACCCGGAUACCGAUCCAUCGGUAUUGAUACGUACAGCGAUACGUACAUGCAAAGCAUUGACUAAUAUUGAUUUAUCCAAUUGUACACAAUGGUAUCGUUUUAUGGAACUCUACUAUCAUCGUUCCGAGUAUAAAAACAUGGAAAAAGGUGGACCGCCUCGUGUUGAAACUGUGGUCAUAUUCUUGCCGGACAUACACUCCUGUAUGCCCUCCAUUGCCGAAUACAAUACGAUGGUGGGCCUCUACAAGGCCACGGCUGAAAAAAUCAUUUCUCGUCGGGCUGCUGCCACAACAAAGGCUAUCGCUGCCAAGGCCGGCUCCACGAAUGCCGACAAUGAGGGGGCUGCAACCAAACCCACGGAUGACAACAAUGCUGACGGAGACGAAGAAAAUGCCCAGCCGGGUGAAGAAGAAAAUAUGCAAGGGGACGACGAAGGUGAUGGUGAUGAUGGCGAAAAUAAUGCUGUGGUUGAGGGGGAGGAACAGGAGGCUGAGGGGGAAAAUGCCGAUGCGGAUCAGGAUGAACAAAUGGAUAAUUCAGGUGUUGAUGCCGCGGAUGGUGAACCAGAUGAGUCAACUACUCACCAGGAUAAUGAUGGUGAUGAUGACGACGACAUGGGCCACCAAGAGGACCAUGUCCCCGAUGCUGAGGCGGCUGACGAAAAUGAGGAACCCACCCCAGAACCAACCCACUACUCGCUAUUGGAUUUGAAAAACAUGAAGGUUCAAGAGAUACGUGAUGAACUAUUGGCCAGAGAUUUGUCGGAUAAGGGCGUUCGCAAUGUGGUCAUGGCCCGUCUGGCCAAGGCCUUAAAUACGGAAAAGCGCGAAGAAAUCAAAGCCAAGAAUCGUGAAAAACAUCAACAAAAAAUGGGCGGCUCAAAUAAAAAGGCGGCAAACGAUACUGCCGCCGAAGCUGCUGCUGACGAGGAUGCGAAUGCCAAAUUGGAUGAUAGCACCAAGGAUUGGGCCGAUGCCAUUGAUUUUGAAAUGAGCGAUAUUGUCAUAUUGGAUGAAUAUGAUGCCAAUAAAAAUAAUGAGGAUAAGGCCAUGUCUCGCCGGGAAAAGGCAAAACUGCUACGUCGCUACACCUUGCCCUCUACCCCACAAAUUGUGGUACAUCCCAAUAAAUUGGCCAAGGGUGGUAGUUUCGAUUGUGCCCUAAUGUCACUGCAGGUCUUAAUGGAUUAUCAUCAUGCCGAUACCAAAGAGAGGAUCUUUGAGUUAUCCCUAUUUGCGGAACUCUUCAACGAGAUGUUAAUGCGUGACUUUGCCUUUAACAUUUACAAGGAGAUACACAUUUACAAUAGCAAGGAUCACUCUGCUGCGGAAGAUAAUAAUGAGGCUGGAACUGCUGCUGCAGCAGGAGGAGAUGAGUCAAAAUCCGCCGAUGGUGAGGAAAAUAGUGAAGGUACAAAAACCACCAAUUCAAACAACGAUAAUAAUGGUGGUGGUGAGAAAUCAUCGGAUGAUGGCAAAUCGGCAUCAUCAUCACGUAAACGACGCACAAGCACCAAGGAUCCACAAGAUUCGGAGAAGGCAUCAGAGAAGCCACCACCAAAACGUCGUAUGAGUACAAUUGAUGGUAGGGAAUUGGCCAUCGCUUCGGCUGCUACCGAUGACCAACACAAGAAACGUCAUGGCAGUACCGUGGAUGGUCGUGAUGCGGACGAUUCCAAAUCGACUGAUAGCAAUAAAAAAGUUGUGGUCGCCAAACCACUGUUACUCUUAUCAUUCCUCUAUUUUGAUUCCACCCAUUGUGGUUAUAUUUUCGAACGCGAUUUGGAAGAUUUGUUUAUGGUGUUGGGUUUGAAUCUGUCGCGUUCACAAAUUAAAAAGGUUUUGUCGAAAAUUGGCACCCGGUCUUUGGUUCAUUAUCGUAAACUUACCGACAAAAAGGAAUCGGCCGAUGCCUUGGCCAAAAUUGAAGAUGCCGAUGAUUUGGAUUUGGAAGAGCUCAGAGAUAUUGCGGCUGGCAAUAAUAAAUAUGAAUUUGUCUUUGGCGAGACGCAGCACAGCAAUUAUGCCAUACCAAUUGAGGGUGAUGGAAAUGAAUCCGAUUUGGUUCAUUACAAUGGUGCCGUCAUUCACGUGGGCAAAUUAAUGGAACAAAUUAAACGUACCGAAAAAGAGUUAUCCGAUAUGGAAAAGCUGUACAAUGAUCUGGUUAAGGAGCACAGCGAUUUGCAAAAGGAACAGAGCAAGGCCAAGUCCAAAAUCAAAGAUCUUUCCGAUGACACAAAGAGUUUGAGAAGGAAGCUGACCGAUACCAAUCAGGAACUCUACACCUUGACUCGUAAAUAUCGUGAUCAAAACUCAACACUGUUGUAUAUCUAUACCCGGGUGGAACCCUAUUUCUCCAAGGAUAAGGACAAGGAUUCCAAAAAUGAAAGUUCCCACAAGGAUGACAAAGAUUCGGAAAAGGAUAAACACCGGGGCGAUAAACACUCAGACAAGGAUCAUUCCAAGGAAAAAUCCAAAGAAUCUGAAAAAGAUAAAUCCAAGGAUAGAGAUCAUCAUGACAAGGAAAAAUCUUCCAAUGUGAUCAAAUCGGAAAAAGAUAAAGAAAAAUCGAAGGAAAGUGAUAAGGAAAAAGAGAAAGAAAAACCAGUGAAGGUGGAAAAAGUCGAAGCCAUGGAGACUGAAACCUGUACCAGUGAAGAAACAAAGGAAGCAACAGCAGCCAUUAAAAAAGAAGAGGAAAAGAAGGAGGCCACAGAAAAACCAAAAACCAAACCGGAAACUAAGAAAACUGAGGAAACUGCCGUAAAGGUAGCUGCUGAAACUCCCAAGAAAUCUGAGGAAGAGAAAAAGGAGGCUAGUAGUGUAACAACCAAGGCAGCAGCCACAACAAAACCUGCACAAACAAAUGGUGCUAAGCCAGCAGCAGCCGGGAGCAAACCAGCAGCAGGUGCGACAACUGCUAACAAGGCCACAACGGCCGCCAAGGCAACACCAGCCAAAAAUGUCGCAACAAAGACGGCAGGUGGGGCCACACCAGCCAAGGUCAACAAACCAGCCGCUGGUACACCAGCUAAACCCGCUACUGGCACAGCAGCCAAACCCGCUACUGGCACACCAGCUAAACCCGCCGCUGGUACCCCAGCUAAACCCGCCGCUGGCAAACCAGCAGCCACACCAGCUAAACCAGCUGCUGCAGGCAAAGCAACACCCGCAAAGGCUAACCCCAAUGUUAAGAAACCUGCAGGAACUGCAAAUAAAAAACCCAACACAGACAACUCUCAAAAAUAA